AUGAGCGCAUACUAUUCGUCGAGUUCGUCCUAUGCUGGGGCUGGCCCAAAUGACGCACCAGCACCAAUGGCUCCGAUUAACUAUCAAACAGCGAUUCCUGGAGAUGUUUCCACGGCAGUAAAGGACCUGUUAACAUCGACGAAGCGUCUACAGGAAAUGCUCAAGCUCUGGAGCAUUGAACAGGCCACGGAGGGGGACGUGAGCGAUCUGUAUGUCCAGAUCGGCCAUGCAUUCAAUGUUACGAUAACUGCUUUUGCGUACCACCACAUAGACUUGAGUGAUUUGCACAACAUACCUACGGAACUACGGGAGGUCCUGGAGCGAUGUCUUUCGGAGGAUCCAUCCCCGGAAGUGUUGGACAGCUACCUUCCAGACUUGCGGAAGGUGCUGUUCAAACUUCUGAAAGGCUUGCAGAGUCGACAAGCUGCAUGGCGAGCGUCCGUAGAGAGACGAGAGGCAAUGCAAUUGAGGACAUCGCCGCUGAACUCGGACUAG